UGGUGAUUUGACAUAUGAUCGUUGUUUGUGCUCAUAUAUAAUUGAAAUUGUUGUAUGAAAUCUAAUUUCCAAAAUAACAUUAUUUUGCAUUACGUUUGUGAUUAAUACAAAUAUUUAAACUAAUGUAAAAACAGAAAGAUGCCAUAGAAAGUAGGGCAUUUUCAUGUAUGAAGUUACAUGGUCACCAUAAUGCUAGGCUAAAAUAUACUUUGUAGCCUAAUAAUUUUGUUUUAAGAAGUAUUUCAGGCUAAACACAUUAUUUAUCAGUAAUAUAUAAAAAUAUACCAAUAUGGUCAAUUUGGUGGUUACAAUUUGGAUCUGGCUAGACUAAUCUUCAAUAAAUAGGCAUAUUCGUUAGCCUGAUUUGAUGCUCGGUUCGAAAAUGUUAUUUGUUCAGCACACCACGCGUCUCUAUUCAGAAUGAAAAUGUGCGCACCGAUUGGCUAAAUUAGUCAUUGAACGCAUUUAUCCGUUUUUUUUUUUUUGUUAUCGUACAGUCAGUCGGCAGAGAUGAGAAUAUUUUCCAUAGAACAACACUUCAAUGCAGUUUAUUCAGUCUAUAAGGCCAUUCUAGUUUUUAAUGGUUAUUAUCGAAGUCAGACGUCGUCUCAAAAAAAAAAGAAAAAAGACUCGGCUCUUCAGAACUGCGAACCGGCUCCCAAGUCUCAACGUUGACCUAAUGAGCCGGCUCAAAGAACCGACUCGUUCGCGAAAGACCCAUCGCUAGCUCAAAACAGAACUGUUCUGUGGACUCUAAUCCACACAGCAGAACUAAUAACGAUGAAUGUUUUUUUUUUGUGUUGCCGUGUAGCGAGCUAGCUAGCUACUCAUCUUUGUUGGUGCUGUCAACUAUGCUCGAUUAAAAUGGCGUGCCUUGAACACGACAACAUGAGGGAAAGACCUGGGUUCUUCGCUUAGUUUGUGAUGCAAUAUGAAGAACACAUCGUUAUGAAAGAAUAUUUCAAAAUGAUGACUGACAUGAUCGUGCUGUGUGCGACUUUGGCCAUAUCUCUUUCAUUCUGGAUCAUUUCUAUGACAGCCAGCACUUACUACGGUACUUUACAGCCGGUAUCCCCAUUGCGUUGGCUGUUUUCAAUUCUAGUCCCUUUAUGUCUUGCUUCACAUGGGAUGAAGCGCAAAAGUCUCGACCACAGUGGAGCGUUGGCGGGAAUGUUGGUUGGAUUCGUUCUUACAAUGGCCAACACCAGCUUCUUCUCGACCCUGAUGACAUUUUUUCUGACCUCCUCCAAACUCACAAAAUGGAGGGGUGAAGUGAAGAAGAAGAUCGAUGCAGAAUAUAAAGACGGGGGUCAGAGAAACUGGAUCCAGGUGUUCUGUAACGGUGGUGUUCCAACCGAACUGGCCCUGCUCUACAUGAUCGAGGCGGGCCCCGGGGAGAUCCCGGUGGAUUUCGGGAAGCAGUACACCGCCACCUGGAUGUGCCUGGCCCUGCUGGGGGCUCUGGCCUGCAGUGCAGGGGACACCUGGGCUUCGGAGGUGGGCCCCGUCCUCAGCCGUACCCCCCCUCGCCUCAUCACCACCUGGCAGGUGGUCCCAACCGGCACAAAUGGAGGGGUCACACCAGUGGGUCUUGUAGCCAGUUGGCUGGGUGGGAUGACUGUGGGUGUGGCUUACUUCAUCACCCAGCUCUUAUUGGUUAAGGACCUGGACCUGGCGGCUCCCCAGUGGCCAAUUGUGGUGUACGGGGGUGCGGCAGGCCUCCUGGGGUCAAUGCUAGACUCUGUUCUUGGAGCCAUCAUGCAGUAUUCAGGUUAUGAUGAAAGCAUCGGAAAGGUGGUGAACAGUCAGUCAAAGACGGCAAAGUGGAUUUCUGGGAAACCGAUCCUGGACAACAACGCUGUCAACCUGUUCACCUCCAUUUUAAUCGCGUUGGUGCUACCUGGACUGGCUUGGGGCCUCUGGCCUAUGCAGUGAACGUGGGCAUGAACUGAAGGUCUCGGGCCUGAGACACUGCCUUGCUCGUGUCCGCUGACUAAGACUGGAAGUCUGCAGCGAUGGACAAUAAUUGGUUUCGUCCCACCAGGCAUGAGGGAGAAGUCGGCCAAUGUUCCUUGGGUUACUACGACAACCAGCAGCGCCUCCCACUGUUCCUCUUAACGACGCAUCCGUUGUCCUCUGUGCUAGUUUCUGUCAGUGAGUGUCACACCUUGUACGGAUACGUCUGAGUGAUACGCCUUCUGCAGCUGGUAAUGUGCAAGGGCAUUGCUAGGAAUUCUGGGCCCCCUGAAAGCAUAUAGCUCUGGGCCCUGUUUUGUAAUACUACUGGAAUUUUUGUGGGUCCUCGAACUGUGGCCCCCCCUCUUUUUGGGCCCCUAGAAUUGUAACCACUUUUCACCCCACUGGCGACAGCCCUGGUAAUGUGUGGCCCAUUCUCCACAAUCCACUGCUCCUUUCUUUAAAAAAUAAAUAAGUUACCUUUUUUGACCAUCCAACAUCCUAAUCACCUGUAUGUAAAAUCUGAUAUGAUCAUAUCUGUAAAAAGCAAAUAAAUGUUGUAUUAUAUCCCA